UUUCUAUUUUUAGCAAAUCAACUAAAUUAUUUUGUGUGGUAUGUAAAUAAACGUACACGAAGAUAUAUCCUUUUAUCAUGUUUCCUUUUGUGUUAUUAUUACUAUUUUGGGAUGUUUCAUUUUGGAUGAGAAGAAGAGGUUGCAACCAUACUUUGGAUUUGAACGGGUGAAAGGUUUUCUCACAUGAACAAGUUGUUCGUUUCAGUUUUAUUUUUUUGGCAUAUCUCUAACAUCUUCAUGAUCCAGCUCUGGCUUUAUGAUUAUAAUUUAUGGAAUCAAGUCAAGUAUCGGGUAUGUCAAGAAUCCGCAACAUUUUGCGUGGUUCGGAUGUGAAAAAAUAUAUAUUCAUGUUCGUUGUUGUCCCAAUGUGCGUAUUUGGAAUUUAUAUUCAUGGGCAGAAGAUCACUUAUUUUCUGCGGCCGCUAUGGGAUAAACCACUCAAGCCGUUCAAUGUCAUUCGUCAUUACUAUAAUGACAAUGUUACCAUGGAAACACUUUGCAGACUUCAUGGCUGGGGAGUUCGUGAGUAUCCAAGGCGCGUGUAUGAUGCCGUGUUGUUUAGUAACGAGGUGGAAAUUCUCACCUUGCGUUGGAAAGAAUUGUAUCCCUAUGUAGCUGAAUUUGUAAUCCUUGAAUCGAACUCUACAUUUACUGGUUUGCCUAAGCCUCUGGCUUUCAAAAGAAAUAGGGAGCAAUUCAAAUUUAUCGAGCCCCGGUUAACUUAUGGGACUAUUGGUGGUCGAUUUAAGAAAGGAGAAAACCCGUUUGUUGAGGAAGCAUAUCAACGUGUAGCGUUAGAUCAACUCCUUAAGAUUGCUGGUAUUACAGAUGACGACUUAUUGAUUAUGUCUGAUGUUGAUGAGAUACCAAGUGCUCAUACUAUUAACCUCUUGAGAUGGUGCGACGAAAUACCUCCAAUCUUGCAUCUACAGCUAAAGAAUUAUCUAUAUUCAUUCGAGUUUCAUCUCGAUAACAAGAGCUGGAGGGCAGCAAUUCACAGAUAUCAACCAGGCAAGACAAGAUAUGCACAUUAUCGCCAGUCUGAUAACAUAUUAGCAGAUUCUGGUUGGCAUUGUAGCUUUUGUUUCCGUCGAAUCAGUGAUUUUAUUUUUAAGAUGAAAGCUUACAGUCAUUAUGAUAGAGUUAGGUUCUCUUACUUUUUAAAUCCUGAUAGAAUUCAGAGAGUAAUAUGUGAAGGGGCUGAUCUAUUUGAUAUGCUCCCUGAGGAGUACACUUUCAGGGAGAUCAUCGGUAAAAUGGGUCCGAUACCCCGUUCAUAUUCUGCAGUUCACCUUCCUGCUUUCCUUUUAGAAAAUGCAGAAAAGUAUAAAUUUCUCUUGCCUGGAAAUUGCAUGAGAGAGAGAUGAUAUGGGAAAUUUUGUAAUAGGUGUGCAUAAAAAUAAGAUUCCUUAUCUUUUACUCCUUCAUGUCCUGUUUAUAAUAGACAUUUAGAUUAUUUCUUUGCCCUAAAUAUAAGAAACAUAGCAUGCUUUUUAAGUGUAUUAUUUUAUUUUUUUGACGCAAGUGUAUUAUAUAUUGAAAUUUCAUUUAUACCACUAUUUUGAUGUGAGUCUUAUUUGACCGA